AGGAUCGCUGUUGCCUCACUGAACUGGCCUUGUACCUUCCUGGUGUGGAUCUGGCAGCCGCGCUGCGUUCCCUGGACCCGGACGAACGCUUCAGUGCUGUGCGCGGCUUGGAGCAUGAGGCCAAGGGUGGAAGUGAGCUAUGCCGCCUGGCACGCCAGUGCUUGGCGGCUCUGGCGCAGGAUGAGGAAUCGCAGGUGAGUCAGCCUGCUCUUUGUGCCAUCGCGUGCGCGGUGCAUGAUGAGAACGAGGAGGUGAGGCUGUGGGCCAGGAAGUUUCUCACAGAUGCCUCCUGGGCACCAUCAGGCGCCGCUAGUGGUUCAAUGCAUUUCUUCGUGAGCAUGGUGCGAAACAUGGUGGGGGUCGAGACGACAGUGGAGGAGAUCGGCAAGCGAUGAGACUGGGACGUUGGAGGAUUUUAUGGUGAUUUCAU